AUGUCUAAAGUGAAUUAUAAGGUCCACGAAAAAAACUGCAUUACAGAACAUGAACCUCGUCUUCUUUCAACCCCGUAUUUCAAAUUUCUGGCCAGUCCGGAUACACGAGGAGUUCACGUUUAUUUCACGACCGAGGAAGCAUCUUCAUGGUGCCUUCAAAAUUUCAUUAAGUAUGCUGUUGAUUCCGAGAUUAACUUCGAACAGGCGGUCAUAAUAUUUAGAGAGAGCUUAGAUCAAUUAAAUCAGUUCGCAUCCACGCCUAAUCCGAUAAAAGCAUUCUGCCAUAAUUACUUAGAGUGGUUAAAGUCCCGUGCAGGAAUUACGAUUAUCCAAGAAUGCCGAAAAUAUUUCGAAGCUACCAAAUAUCAAAGACAAUCAGCCGUUCUCAACGACACAGUCGAGAAUACACUAUUACUUAACUCGAAAACAGAAAUCAUUCAAGCACAAUUACAACCCUCGGAUGCUUUGCUAUCUCCAGACCCUUUAUCACCUUCAAUUACUAUACAACUUUCAGACGCUACAGAUACUUUACCACCUAAAACCCCACCACAAACACCUCGAGAAUUAACAUAUUUAUUAAAUACACCAAACAAGCGUCCAAUAGAGAAGGAAGAACUUUGGGAUUACACUCAAAACAAUUCCGUUAUAUGUGCAUUUGCGUUAACAGCCAAAGAAUUGGAAACAGAAAUUGGCACAGAACUCACCAAAGAAUUGUUCUCUAUGCGUGAUAGAAAUCCCGUUGUGUGGAAUUCUGAUUUAGAAGAAUAUAUAAAUGACGUUCUCAAGGAAUCUGGUGAAAACUUCAAGAAUGCAGUUAUAAAUAAGAAUUAUAAAGAUAUAGAUAAAGGUUUCCGCCUAUAUUGUGAGAAAGUUCUCACCGACUUCUACAAUCUUGUAGAUGUUGGUCCCACUAUUGAUAGAAAAAUAGGCGAGCGAAAGCAUAUAGUUUAUCAAGUAUCAGCACUAUUCAAAUUUUAUGAGAGAACGUUUCUAACCUUGGAUAUUGAUUGGAUUGAAUCUCACUCCCGCCCGGCAAAACUGAUGAAGUCAGAAUCAAAUUCUGGCAUUGUUCUAGUGGACGCAAAGGCGACAAGGUUUUCCGAUGGGCUUGAUGUUUGGCAUUUAGAAGUCGCAGGUCCUCCCUAUAAUGCAUCCAAUAAACACAUUCUAGGUGAUUCAAAGAAAACAAUUCGAACAGAUAUCCUAAAUCUAAUUACAAUCUUGCGGGAACAUCUUGAUUGUGAUAUCAACCUUGCCACGAGGAUAAAAGUGUUCAAUUCCCGAUUAACGCUAUAUUCAUUAAAUAUCCUCCGUGAUGGACGCUUUCUGUCGUGUGAACUUGCCACCGCCGUCAUGCCCUUCAGUUUUAGCGGACGGCAUCAAUAUAAAUCAGUUCUCAGAAUGAUGUCUAUAUUCCAUGAUGAAUUAAUUAAGCAGGACGAAUUAUUAGAAAAAAUCAACGGGUCAAUACUUCGUUCUAAAAAUGUUACA